CUGGCUGGCACCUGCUAACUGAGCUUCAAGGCUGCCUCCCGUGGGCGAUUGAAAUGCCGGAGUAUCACUCUACCCGCCAGCAGCUCUUCGUGGCAAACACGCUUGACCGCCUGACUUUCGUCAUCAUCGUUCUUUUCUCCCAACGACUGAGCGUCGCACUGGCGAGAACGUGGACAACGAGAGUCGCACUUCCCACCAAGCUUUUGUUGCGUGCAGUGAGCGGCUUCGAGGGAAAGUAUCUUCAUAAGAGAACAGUAGCGCUUUGUUGAGGGCGAGGAGGAUUCAAUACACAAACCACUCUCCAAAGCUGCGCUUCAUUUCAGUCCGUCCCCUUCUUGCAAGAACUACUUCCGUUCCGACAAGAACACUAAGUCAUGUCCUCUUCCGUCCGCCACGGAAACUACAAUGCCGCCACCGCCGGCGGCAACAACCCGAACAGCACCUGGAACCCGCGACAGUACGAAAGACCGGGGUUGAAGCAGGACGAGAUCGAGGAGAUAAAAGAAGUAUGCAACGCGAAAGUAUCGUACUCGUACAAAUGCAUUACAAAUUUCCUCAGCAUGAGAAAUAAAAUUUGCAAUGAAAAAAAAUUUGUAAUGCAUGAUUGCAAUUACUACGAGCGCGAUACUUUUGCACAGGAUGGGAAGCGUUCGAUCUGUUUGACACGGACCAGAGCGGACAGGUUUGAACAGUAGUUUCAUCCACAAAUUUUACAUUUGUUGUUGCAGCUGCUAUUGCGAAGCAAGAGACUGCUGGAUGUUUAGUGAUGCAGAGGAACAACAACUUUAUGCCCAUGAGUUAAGAGUUUCUCAUGCACGAAAAGCAAACACCUAGCUACUUAAGCUACACCCUUUCAAACCCACUUCCAGAUCGACCUGAAGGAGCUCCGCAAUGCGAUGCAGUCUCUUGGAUACGAGUCCAAAAACGAAGCCGUUUUCACGAUGCUCCAGGAGCUGGACCGCGACGGGUCCGCGAGCUUGGAUUUUGAAGAAUUUCUCGAUCUGAUGCGGGAGGACUCCUUUCAAGUACAGCCGAAUGCAACGGGUACCGCAUGCAAAUAUGUGUGUUUGUCUUGCAGUUUUUGCACAUUACAGAAGGUCAUCUGACAUGCUCUACUGGAGCAUCACAAGUUCUUCAUCUAGGGAGGGUUCAUCUCCUCACAUAGACCGCAUGAGAAACGCUCUAAAUCAUCAAAGAAACAGAGCGCACCUCUUGCUCGCUACGCAACACAGAUGUAGUUUAUGUCUGUUCCAGACGCAGCAUCACAAGUCUGCAUCGUUGUUCGAGCCCCAGACUAGGACAUAUUUGCGAUGCAUAACGGGCGCGAACGGGCAGUUGAUUCCAAAUUCCUCGACCAUCAGCAAGGAGGAAGUGUCGAAAAUUUUCCAGCUUUUCGACAUCGAGGGGAAAAAUGUGAUCACGGAGAAGGACGUCCACCGGGUGUGCCGGGAAUUAGGCGAGAGACUCUCCAUGGAAGAGAUCCGGGAGAUCGUGCGACGGGCGGCCAGCAACAGCGGAAACGAGAACAAUGGAAGUUCGUCGGGGAGUGGCGGCGAGAUUUCAUUUGAAGAUUUUUACUCCGUUUUGACGAAAAAAACGUUUCCGUAGGAGGAGAGGGAUGGUUUGUCGAUGGGAAGGUGGAGAGGGAUGAGUCUCAGGUUUUUUGAAAAUCAUAUGAAUACAUGCUCGUUUUUGUGCAAAACAAAAAUUAGUGAUCUGACGAGUACUAGUACAUGAUGGGUCUGUAAAAGAGCACGGUCCAACUGACGUUUCGAAGUGGAAGAGAAGUUCGAACAAAAAAGAAGAUGAGUUAGUACUUCAGCGUUGUACUACAGUGAGAGUUUUACGUUGUAACAUACACGCUGCGGCGCGCAAGAAAUAGAAAUGUGAGAUUCGCAUGAUGAAACCCUAUUCGUGUUCACGAGUGA